UCCUAGAGGUUGAGUGUGAUUUCGUAAUCAAUCGCAAAAAGUAAAAAAAACAACUCCAACUCUGUAGUGAUCAUUAACAAAAUAGGGUUGCUUGCCCUCAGGAUUAGGAAUGGGAUGAAAUACACAAAGCUCAUCAGAAGAUGGCAGACUCACUAAGUUUAUUUCAGCAGUUGCCAGAUUCUGUUCUCCUCCACAUUUUCUCAUUUCUGGAUGGAGUGACUCUUACCACAGCUUCUUCUGUCUGUGUGCAAUGGAACAGAGUGGCCAGUGAUGAAGUCUUGUGGCGAGAUUUGGUGAAAGGGAUUAUAAAGAAGAAUGUCUCCCUUGCCCAAGGUAAGGGCAGCUGGAAGAGGGAGUACAAGCGUCUCCUGUACCAUGCCCCCACUGAGCUCUCACAGGAAGUAGCUGGCCACACAGAUGAGGUGUACUUUCUGUCGUUUUCUCCAAGUGGGAGAUACAUUGCUUCUGUGGGGAAAGAUGGAACAUGCCGGCUGUGGAAUUAUGGUAGUAAAGUAACCUUACAAAAUACAGUUGGCCCAUUCUUCAACCCCCCACCUAAAACUCGCUUUUGUGAGUUUAAUGAGUCAGAGACGAUGUUAUUGAUCACAGGACUGACACAUAUCUAUGACCUUGAGGGAAGUAUUUUUGCUGCUGUUGUUUCCAUCCCAGAUCUCAGUUUGUUGUAUGCAGUGAAAGGAGAGUUUCCAAAUUUCAGGGGUGCUUGGCUGAAUGACACACAUUUUUUGAUUGCCCAUCGUUUCUAUAGUCAAAACAACUACAUCAAACUAGAGGCUCAUGAGGUCAAUCCAACAGUAAAAAAGAAAGGCAAGAGAAUAGAAGAUCUGUUUGUGAAGUGCCAAAGUAAAGCAAAGGAUGUUCUUGUGACACAUAAUUAUAGUUCAAGGAACGACUUCAUCCGAGUAAUGGACCCCUCGAAGUGGGGAGAUUUAAGCCAAUAUUAUGACUUCACAAAUGAAUACAAUGAAGAUGUCAAGCCAGGUUAUUCCGGCAGUUUGAAAGACCAAACAAACUGGGAACCAGCCAAUAGUGGGGACAAUAUAUCGGAUAUUGAAGUAGAUGGUGAUGAAUUAUUAGAUGAUGAGAAGGAAUCUGAACUUAAACCCAGAAAUAAUUAUUCCAGGGAUGAAGAUUUAAGUAGUGAUGAUAGCAUGGAAGAUGACCUGUAUAACUCUGAUUCUGAAUCUGACAAUGUGGAUGAUUUUGCACUCUAUUACCAGAUGGUUCAGGAUGCCAGAGGAAUGGCUAAAUAUUCACAGAGUCAGAAAGAAAACAUUAAAUAUCAGAUGACAAAAGAGGAUGAUUGUAGACCUUAUUCUGAAGUUCUGAGGGAGAUACAGGUGAAGGGAGAAAAGAUAAUCCAACUUGUACACUGCUCACGUCGUGAUGAGGAUAAGUGUACUGUUGCUUUCUAUGCUGUAAAGGAAGGUGAGGUGACCUCUGUGAAACCCUUUAAAAAACUGAAAAUGGAUGCAGGGAUCCUGGGUCUGAGAAUGAGCUUAGAUCAUAGGUACAUAGUGUACAGCUUUCGUAAUUUGAAGGAGAUGGAACAUUUCUGGGGGUAUGAGCUGGAGAUUUUGAUAGUUGUAUAUGACCUUAUUCUAGACCAGUGUUGGAACACAGUGUUUGUGGGGGGUACCUGCUCUUCUGAUGACCACCUUAGUUACAUCUUUCCAGAUCUUAGUGAAGAUUUUGUGGCUAUAGGUGAUGAGACAGUUCAAGGACAUUUAUGGGACCAUCAUUAUGGAACAGAGAUACAGUCCAACAUCAUUCACCAAGACUCUGGUGGACGGUCAUAUGGACUGAAUGCUGUGACAUUUCAUCCCCUUGAUCAGGAAACAUUAGUCACUGCAGGAGAUGAUAAACUCCUGAAGGUUUGGAGAUCUAAAAACAGAUUGGCUGAAAUGUCAAAAACAAUAGGUAGAGACUUGAAGGGGAAGGAAAAAAACUGUGACAGAACUGAUAAAACUGAUGAUUUGGGAGAGGAUCCAAAAGACACUAAAACUGACAAAAGGAAAAAUCCUCCACGGCGUUCUAAACUUUGUUCCUGCAUCAAGAAGCAUGAUGCUUGAUAAUGAUGCAGUAACAUGUAUUCACCUUGUCCAUGUACAAGGCCAUUGAAGAUUUAUUUUGUGAAUGUGUUUAUCUGCAAGGUAUUCACAAAACGAAACACUUGCUAUUAAAAUAUUUUUGUGUGAGUUGGUCAAUGCAUCACUGCAUGAUUUUACUAUGCAUUUGCUUUAUUUACAAUGUAAAAUAUGUAGAAUAUUUAAGUUCUUUGAAUAAAGACCAUGUUUUACACAAUGAAGGUAAAUUAUAUUAACAUUAAACCAAGUGUCUGUUGUUAAUCCCACACACUUUGAAAUCAUUUUCAUUCAGGCGUGCCAUUUUUAGCUCGACUGGUCAGAGACCAGAUGUGCUUAUGCUAUAGGAAGGUGUCCAUUGUUCAUCUGGCUAGCUAUCUUCUGUCUGUCAGUAAACAAUUUUUUCAAAAUGCUACUCCUAAUGUUUUGGUCUGAUUUCAGUAUAACGUCUGUGAAAUACGUUCAAAACAAUACUCCUCCUAUAGUUGUGGUUUGAUUUCAAUAUAAAUUGGCACACAAGUAGACUAAACAAAGAUACAUAAUUCUGUAUUCUGUACAUUGGUUUUUGAUAUGAUGAAUAGUGUUGCCUUGGUUACUAAAAAUAGAAAUUUCUAUGAAAUACUUUCAGAACACUAUUUCUCCUACAGUUUGGUCUGAUUUUAAUAUUACUUAGCAAACAAAUAGACUACAAUGAGAUAGAUAAUUCUGUUUAUCGGCUUUUGAUUUCGAUUAACGAUGUUGCCAUGGUUACUAAAAAUAGAAAUUUAUGUGAAAUACUUUCAAAAUGCUUCUUCAGUUUUGGUCUGAUUUCAAUAUAUUUAGCUUGACACACAAGUAGACUACACUGAUAUACUUAAUUGUCUUUAUCAUUUUGACUUUAAUGUACAAUGUUACCAUGAUUAUCAAAAUGGAAAUUUCUGUAAAAUUCUUUCAGAGGGCUACUCCUCCUACCUUUGUUAAAAGUACAAACCAGUAGAGCUACAGUCUCGUCAAGAACUUCUGGUUUAAAAUUGCUGAAAAUUGGUAUGUGAUAUUGUAAGUAAACUCGUCUUUAUGAAAAAAAAUUAUGGCAUCACCUUGUAGAUUUGUUGGUAAGGGUUACGUAUAAAGUCCAUGCAUGAUAAUUAAACCCCAAUGAAAAUCCAGGAGCGUAGCUGCCUAUAAGCAAGAGCUUGCAUAUUAUUCUCAAAAGAGAGAGAAAGAAAAUUAGGCUUAAUCCAGCAAACAUUUGUGUUUCAAUUUUAUUUUGUGUCAUAUUUUUCGAUUCAAAUUCCAUAUUAUCAUGUUUAUAUAAUAAUAUCUUUUAUUAAAUAGUUACCGAACCAAAGUGGUUCAUUCAUUAAGAAGUUAUUGUUCUGUGACAUGCUGAGAAUUUUUUUUUUUUAAAUCUGAGAAUUUUUUCACGUCGUUGAAUGCUAUGAUCUUUUUGUUAAUAA